AUGCCACAAACAUCCGCACCCACCCCCUCACUCCUCCUAACCAAACGCCUAACCGCCUUCCUCAACUCGAACCUAAGCCCACAACUCCACACAGCCGCUCUAACAACGCCCUCGGGCAAACUCCUCGCGCACGCAUCCUCACCACCGAAUCCCGUCGGCGCGCUACGCACGCAAUGCACAGUCGCAGCCUCGCUAUGGGCGCAUUACGCCGCGAGUACGGAUACAGUGAUAAACACGCUACCACCGCCGCAGCAGCAAUACCAGUUUGAACAACGGUAUUUAUCAGGCGGGGAUCCUGCGUCGGGACCUAGCGCUGUCACGGUGCAGCUCGCGGGUGGAGUACUGGUGAUUAGGAGGUUGAAGUGUGGAUUGUUGUUCGUGUGUAUAGGACCGGCGGGUGGUGCUGGAGGCGCGGAGGAUUUAGCGCAGAGUCAGACAAGGACUCAGGGCGUUGGACCGGUGCCUGUGUCGGGCGCCCAGCAGCAACAGGCGGCUGGUAAUAAUGAAGCGCAUGGCGCAACGACACCUCUGGGUUCGCCGUCGGAAGUCGAAAGCGUGGCUAGUGCUGGUGCCGCGACGACAGCCAGUAUAGCGACUACGAAUAGUAUCGCGGCGACUGCGGUCGUGGCUACAAGACGCCAAGCCGAGGAGCUGGCGCGUUGGCUCGACGAUAAGUUAGGGUCGUUGGGAGUAUUGGAAGAGGGAUUAGGGAUCGAAACGAGAUAA